GCGACGAAAAAGAACGUAAACAGGAAGUGACAAAAAUCGAGUAGGUUGUGUUUUUGUCAGCUAGCGUUAGCUAAGUCUGUGUUUUAACUGUAGAUAAAGUAGAUAAUCGGUUGGAUCUACACACAAACUCAAAAUGGGGAAGCGUCAACAUCAAAAAGACAAGAUGUACAUCACAUCUACAGAGUACACUAACUUCUACGGAGGGAAACGAGCAGAAAUCCCACAGUCAAACUUCAGACGGCUUUCAUUUGACCACUGCAGCUUGUCCCUUCAGCCGUUUGAGUAUCCCGUCUGUACUGAGGAGGGAGUUGUCUUCGACCUGCUGAGCAUUGUUCCAUGGAUCAAGAAGUACGGUACUAAUCCGGCUUCUGGAGAGAAACUGGAGGCGAAGUCGCUCAUCAAGCUGAACUUUGCCAAGAACAGCGAUGGAAAAUAUCACUGCCCCGUUCUGUACAACGUCUUCACAAAUAAUUCUCACAUUGUUGCCAACAAGGUCACCGGCAACGUGUUCUCUUAUGAGGCUGUUGAGCAACUCAACAUCAAGACCAAGUCUUAUAAAGAUCUGCUGACUGACGAACCUUUUACCAGAAAAGACAUUAUAACACUUCAGGAUCCCACAAACUUGGACAAAUUCAAUGUGUCCAACUUCUUCCAUGUGAAAAACAGUCUGAAAGUGUUGGAUCCAGAUGAGGAGAAGGCCAAGCAGGACCCGGCGUACCACCUGAAGAGCACCAACCUGGAGACGAGGGAGACUUUAGCUGAGCUGUACAAAGACUACAAAGGGGAUCAGCUCCUGGCUUCCACCAUGAAGGAGCCAGAGGCCAAGAAGACAGACAAAUUAAACGCUGCUCACUACUCCACAGGCAGAGUAUCCGCCUCCUUCACAUCCACGGCCAUGACCCCCGCAACAACACACGAAGCAGAUGCCAUCGCAGACGACACCGUACGUUACCAGUACGUGAAGAAAAAAGGCUACGUCCGUAUACACACAAACAAGGGAGACCUGAAUCUUGAGUUAAACUGUGAUAAGGUUCCCAAAGCUGGAGAGAACUUCAUCCGUCUGUGUAAAAAAGGCUAUUACGACGGGACGAUCUUCCACAGGUCCAUCCGGAAUUUCAUGAUUCAAGGAGGGGACCCCACUGGCACUGGCACAGGAGGGGAAUCCUUCUGGGGAAAACCUUUCAGGGAUGAGUUUCGGCCCAACUUGUCCCACACAGGCAGGGGGAUUCUCAGCAUGGCCAACUCUGGUCCAAACACCAACAAGUCCCAGUUCUUCAUCACAUUCCGGUCGUGCACCUACCUCGACAGAAAGCACACAGUGUUUGGAAGAGUCGUUGGUGGAUUUGAAACACUGACAGCCAUGGAGAAUGUGGAGAGCGAUCCUAAAACAGACAAACCCAAAUCGGAGAUCAAGCUCAUAAGUACGACUGUAUUCGUGGACCCAUAUGAAGAGGCUGACGCUCAGAUUGCAGCAGAGCGAGAAAAAGAGCUGCAGAAGCAGCAGGAGGAGGAGAGGCAGCAUGACAGCGUCGCCCUGAAGAAAGCAAAGGAGGAGAAAGCGCCAAAGACCUUCAAAGAAGGUGUUGGGAAAUACAUCAACCCCACCACAAUAAAACGCUCGGCCGCUGAAGAUGAAAGCGGACCGUCGACCAGCGGCGCAGCAGCCAAGAAGUCCAAAGGAAAGACCAGCUUCGGAGACUUCAGCUCCUGGUAGCUCCGACGUAUCGUUAUCUUUCUAUAUUUUUACUGGUCAGGUUGAGUGUGAAAAAAGGUUUUUCAGUUGAUACUUACAUUGUUUUUGUUGUCUUUGUCAUGUCUCGGUAGUGUUUGCUUUCAUGCAAAACGAUGAAUUAAAGCUUUUUCUUUUUUUUCAAA